CCUCUCACUCAUUGCGGAUCAGGCUGCACUGACAUCUGCAGAGCCCACUCCCAGCCUACCAGGCAGAAGCUCCUUCUAAACUUACUUCAGCCCUCCUGACUGGCCGGGGACUGCUCCGGCCCCUGGACACACAUGGAUCACCCACCUGCACCCUGCUGCACUGCUGCUGGACGGUGACCCCUUAUCUCCUGUGCUGGAUCCCCUCUCCUCUCCAAUAGGCUGCAUCUCAAGACACAUUCAUUGUGCUGAACUUCCGUGGACAUGGGGAUAAAGACGGCGUUACCGCACUACGAGCUGGGCUUCUACGCCCUGGUCCUGACCUGCGGCCUGGUCUACUCCAUGAACGGGAUAUUGGAAGCAUCUCGAGAUAACAUGAACCGCAAGUCCUUCAAGGAAAACGUGAAGACCGGCUGGUAUUACUUUGGCCGCAAAAUGGAUGUGGCGGACUUCGAGUGGGUGAUGUGGUUCACCACUUUUAGGAACUACAUCAUCUUCGCCCUCUCGGGUCACGUGAUCUUCGCCAAAGUGUUCUCCCUUCUCAUCCCGCAGGUGCGUUCUCUCCGGCUUGAUUGCCUCCAGAGUGAUUUUGUCCCGGGAUCUUUCAGUCUACAAGACAUCCUCUUCUAUGGCGGUGCCGGAUUCAGCAUCCUGCGCUGUAUGAGCUUCGCUCUGGAGACGUGUGACAGAAAGGAAGGAUUCUACUCCCCCAUCGACCUUCUCAAGUACAACUUCUACCUCCCGUUCUUCUUCUUUGGCCCAAUUAUGACUUUUGACCAGUUCUACCAGCAGGUGAACACCAAGGCGCUGACCCGCAGAGAGAACGACAUGUGGAACAUUCGAGUCCAGGCCGCAGUCCACGUGCUGGUCAUACUUCUGGUGAACGUCUUCUUCCACUUCCUGUACAUUCUCAGCAUCCCCUCCGACCUGAAGUGUGUGAAGAAAAUGUCAGACUGGUCGCUGGCGGGUCUGGCGUACUCCAACCUGGUAUAUGACUGGGUGAAAGCAGCUGUGAUGUUCGGGGUGAUCAAUACCAUCUCCAGACUGGACCACCUGGACCCACCGCAGCCCCCCAAAUGUAUCACCAUGCUUUAUGUCUUUGCUGAAACGCACUUCGACAGAGGAAUUAACGACUGGCUGUGCAAAUAUGUCUACGACUACCUUGGUGAGGGCCACGACAACAUCAAGAAGGAGCUGUUGGCCACCGUCUUCACGUUCCUGGUGACCACGCUGUGGCUGGGCCCCUGUGACAUCGUCUACAUCUGGUCCGUUUUCAACUGUUUCGGCCUGAACUUCGAGCUCUGGGUGCAGAAAUUUUUCGAGCUGUCGCCAUUCACCAAACUGGAGGCUUCCUUACCCGAGUCCAUGUCCCGGAGGAUCCGGGGGAUAUUCGGCGCCGCCAAUUUCUGGGCCAUCAUUCUGUACAAUAUUUUAGCCCUGAACAGCCUGGAAUUUGCUAUACUGGUAGCGAAGAGGAUCAUCAUCACAGGGUUCCCGUACAGCACGCUGUCCAUCUGGUUCGUGACGUAUUGUGGAGUUCAGCUGAUCAAAGAGCGGGAGCGGGUUCAGGCCAUAGAGGCGGAGAAGAGCGAGAAACUGAAAACUGCGUAAUUCUGGG